CAAAAUUUGAGCUCUCUUCAUAUUAAUUACACUGUUACAAUUUCUUGUUUUCACAUUCCUGUUCUUCAGUGGAUCAUUUAAAGAGCAAAGACUACACCUCAAUCAUUUUUAUGUUCCACGUGACUGAUAUGAAAAGAGAAUCAGUACCAUGAGAAAACUGUCUGGAGUAGUCUUUACUUGGCUGCUAUGAUUUUCCAUAUUAUUUCUAGGCCUUUGUAAAUGGCCUUGGGGAACCACAGCACCAUCACCAAGUUCCUCCUCCUUGGGCUGUCUGCCAACCCCCAUGUCCAGGCUCUGCUCUUUGUGCUGUUCCUGGGGAUUUACCUCCUGACCAUAAUGGGGAACCUGAUGCUGCUGCUGGUGAUCAGGGCUGAUUCUCGUCUCCACACGCCCAUGUAUUUCUUGCUGAGUCACCUCUCUUUUGUUGAUCUCUGCUUCUCUUCAGUCAUUGUGCCCAAGAUGCUGGAGAACCUCCUGUCACUAAGGAAAACCAUUUCAGUAGAGGGCUGCCUGGCUCAGGUCUUCUUUGUGUUUGUCACUGCAGGGACUGAAGCCUGCCUUCUCUCAGGAAUGGCCUAUGACCACUAUGCUGCCAUCUGCCGCUCACUGCUUUAUGGACAGAUCAUGGGUAAACAACUGUAUAAGCACCUUGUGUGGGGCUCAUGGGGACUGGGCUUUCUGGACGCACUCAUCAAUGUCCUCCCAGCUGUAAACAUGGUCUUUUGUGAAGCCAAAAUCAUUCACCACUACAGCUGUGAGAUGCCAUCUCUCCUCCCUCUGUCCUGCUCUGAUAUCUCCAGAAACCUCAUCGCCUUGCUCUGCUCCACUCUCCUGCAUGGGCUGGGAACCUUCCUUUUGGUCUUCUUAUCCUACACCCGUAUAAUCUCUACCAUCCUAAGCAUCAGCUCUACCUCGGGCAGAAGCGAGGCCUUCACCUGCUCUGCCCACCUCACUGCAUUGAUACUUUACUAUGGCUCAGCUUUGCUCCGCCAUCUCAUGCCAAACUCAGGUUCCCCCAUAGAGUUGAUCUUCUCUGUGCAGUAUACUAUACUCACUCCCAUGCUGAAUCCCCUCAUCUAUAGCCUGAAAAAUAAGGAAGUGAAGGGGGAAAGAAGCCUCCAGGACAGCAGUGAUUUGCCUCAGCUGCACAAAGGCCAGGCCAGAUGGAACAGACUAGCCUUCAUCGAAGGCCGCAGGGAGCCCGGAGCCCCGGAGUCAAGCGUUCGGGUCACGCCUCAACCCCGAGGGGCCUGCGCAUGCUCCGCGCUGCACGCGGCGCCCACGGCCCUGCAGUGAUCCGCAGGAGCC